AUGAUUGACAGACGAAAUGAGAAAAAAAAGAGUGAUAGCAGUAAUACGUUAAGAAUAAAAAAGAGAGAAAGUGAGGAAAUAGAAGCUCACAACCAGUUUUAGAAUUCUGAUCGGUUUAAUUCUAAUCAUUCAUAAUUCAAGCACUCACUUAAUAUAUCUGAUAAAAGCAGUUUUCUCGGUCUCUAGAAUCCUUUAUUAUCAUAGGAUAGCAUUUCAGACCGAGCAAAUCGCAGUAAACUAUAUUCUUAAGAUGAAUAUCAAAUGUAAAUAGAACACGAAUAACCCAUUCCAUUAAUAAAUUAAAUUGAAAAUGAAAUCAGGAUACGUUGUAGACCGGAUCUAAUCAAAUAAACUAAAUGUUAUGGGGAUUUGAGUGAACAGAUACUCCUCAAUUUAAAAACUACAAUUGAUAUUGAUGUUGAUCGAGAUAUUUUACGAAAAUAUAAUAAACAUUUCAUUCGAGAUUAUAAAACAGAUCCUUACUAUAUUAAAUUAGUUGAACUGCAUGGACACCAAAGAAUUAAACAUGAACUGCAAGUAGUCUUUUUAUUUUACCUAUAUUUAGAAUUAUAACGAUCCAUAUAUUUUGCUGAACUUACGGAAGAUCAUAGUUUACAUUUCAUUUGUAAUUCCUAUAAUAGCAAAAAGUAUAGUUAAUUCUACUGCUUUUUAAUUAUUAAUGACAGUAUUGAUUCUAUUUAAUAUUACACUUUAUACUAUAGUGAAAACAGAACAUAGAAAUGACACAGAUGAAAUCGAAUAAAUAAUUACAAUUCUAUUUUUUACUGAAAUAGGAUUUCGUAUAAUUUCAUAAGGACUUUUCUUUUCGAAACAUGCAUAUUUUGUUAAUUUUUCAAAUAUUUUUGAUUUUUCAAUAGUAUUAUUGACAGCCAUUAAUUUAUAUAGACCAGAUAUUGUAAUAAUAGAUUUGUCGCCUCUUCGUAUAAUUACUUUAUUAUAAUAUUUGGGUGAUAUUUUUGAUGGUUUGAGAGUAAUGUUGACAGCGUUAAGAUAAUCAAUACGAUAUAUAUUGGAAGCUUUGGCAAUUGUAGGAUUAUUUUCAUUAUUCUUUGCUUUAUCAGGAUUGUUCUUAUUUCAUGGAUUAUUUAAUUAUAGAUGUGUUCCGAUUGAUUAGGAAAUAGGAGAUGAUUGGAUUUAAUGUAAUGUAGAUCAAUGUCCUGAUGGAAUGGAAUGUAAAUAUGUUGAUUAGACUAUAAAAUUACCAACAUCUUUCAAUAAUAUAAUUUAUUCAUAUGGAUAGAUUUUGAGAACUAUAACUAUGGAUGAUUGGAGUUGGGUCAUGUUUUUUACUAUAAGAAUAUUCAAUCCUUGGGUUUGGAUAUAUUAUUUAUUGAUCAUUUUUGUUUGUGGAUUUUUUAGUUUUAAUUUGGUUAUAGCUGUAUUAAAAACUCAUUAUGCAGAAGCAGCUGAACAAUUCUUUCAUUAAUAGGAAUAAUAAGAAAUUAAUAAGUAAUUAUUAGAAUAAAAAUCAAAUCAAGAUAGAGAUGUUAAAGAUGUUUUUGAUGUUGCUAUGCUUCGUUAAAUUGGAUUUUAUAAGACUUUUACUAAAUAUUAUAAAUUACUCAACCAAUCCAAAAAUGUAAUUUAAUUUAAAUUAGAAGACUUUUAAUCUAAAAAUUCUACUUAACCUAGAUUGCUAUCAGCUAAAUAGAGACUAAAUGAUAAUACAUCUGUAAAAUAUUAUGAUUGAUUUCAUAGAAUAAUUGUGUUGAUAAAUUAUUUGAAUACUUAAGAGAUUUGACAUUCAAAAAUAUUUUGUUAACCAAAUUCAAAUGCCUUAGUAAACAACAAAAAUAAAUUAAUCUCAAGAAUUAUACUGAUGAUGAAGAUUACCUUAAAAUUCUGGAAGAUCUAAACAAAUUUGAAUUUGCCUAAUUAUCAAAAUAGGUCAAUUCAAAAAAUUAUCAAAAAUAUACAAGUUUAGAAGAUGUUUUACCAUCCUUUGCGUAUUAAUAUACUUUCUAUAUCACAAUAGAAACAUUUAAAAUUCCAAGUAAGAUAUUGAUGAGAAGGUUAUCGAUUAUGCCAGAUAUUAAUGUUCCUAAGAAUACUUGGUUCCACAAUACAAUUAAUAUGAUAAAUAAAUAUUUAGAUAGAAUAAUGCUACAUACAGUUUCAGAUGUCCGAUUAAGAAAAGUUAUAGAGCAAAAAAGAAAUAAAUAUUUAAAGAUGUAGAAUCUUAACGUUCCAAUAUUUAACGUACAACAUGUAUUAGAAAUGAAAAAAAGAGUUAUAAGGGAUUCAGUAAGCAAAUGAUAAAAUCAAAGCAUAAACCUCCAUUUACUAUAAGAAAGGGAAAUGUUUUAUAUUUAUUUAUUUAAGGAUGUUAUUGGAGGUAGGAUUAAAUUGCAUUAAAAAUAAAGCAAAAGAUUGAAAAAGAGAAGAUUAAAUAAAUACCUUAUGAUGUUGAAUAUAAAAAUAUAAGACUGAAGGAAAUUAAAAAAAAAAGAAUUGUUGAUUAAAAUUGGUCUGGAAAUGAUGUAAUUGAAACUCAUUAUUCAACUUUAAAUUUUAAAAAUAUUCUUAUAACAUUAAAUAAAAUAGAUUACAUAGUUUGGAUAAAAGGUUUAUCAGGUAUAUUACAAAUUCUUAGGAAAUAUAUAAAUAGAAUAGUGUCUAGUAAAUUCACUGAAAUUGCAUUAGAUUUGAUAAUAUUUAUCAACUUUACUUUUUUAUCAUUAUAUGGAAUAGCUGAUGCUAAAAUUAUAUCUUAAGUAGAAGACAUAACUACAAUUCUUCUUUCAAUAGAAACAUUCUUUAGAUAUUGUAGUAUUUCAUAUAAAGAAUUAUUAAACAAUGAUGAGAGUAUUCUUUAAACAUUGAUAGUAAUGUUAAACUUUAUUGAAUUUACAAUGAGUGAUUAUAUGACAAUAACUGAAUAAAAUUUAAGAUUGAUAAGAGGAACAAAAUGUUUAUUAUUUUAUAGAUGUUUAAAAUAUAAUAGUAUGGCUGUAACAAUUGGUCAUAUAGCAUCUAAAACAUUUAAAUCUUAUAUUUAUCUUACAUUUUUAAUGUUUGUUGUUAUAUUUAUAUAUGCUUUAGUUGGAAUGGAAGUAUAUGCUGGAGAAUUUGAUUAAAAUGAUGUAUUGGGAUAAUUGCAUUCAUAUGACAAUGUUUUAAAAUCUUUUAUGACUGUUUUUAAUAUUAUGACUAAUGAUGAUUGGUACGGUGUUUUUGUAUUAGGAACUGGAAUAAAUGAAACUUUUGGAAUAGUCUAUUCUUAUUCUAUGGUUAUAGUGUUAAAUUAUUUAACUUAUGGAUUAGUACUAGCUAUAUUAUUAGAUGGGUUUAGCAAAUAUUUAGAUAGAUAGAUUUUCUCUGAAAUAGAAGAUACAGAUUAAUCUAGAAUGGGAUCUUUAGAUAAUGAACUAUUAUAAGGUACUCAAAUAACCCAAUAAUUAGUGGAUGUCAAUCUUAUUAGUUAGAAUUAAUCACAAGAUUAAAUUAAGAAUCGGAAAAAUAAAUAAAAGACUGCUUUAAUUUAACAUUUAAUUAAUUCAAUUAGAUAAAUAAAUUAAAAAAUAUUAGAUGAAUAUCCUGAAUUAUAUGAUGGUAUCUAAUGUGAAUAAUCUUUAUUUUUUUUUAAUAAAAACAAUAAUCUUCGAAAGAUAUGUAUGAUGAUAGCUAGAUCAAGAUUUUAUAUAUUUAUAAAUGAUGCUUCAUUAUCAGCAUCAAUUGUAAUUUUCAUUAUUUAAACAUAUAAUGAUUAUGAAGAAAAUAAAGAAACUUAUCAUCAAGAAAUAUAAUUCUAUAUUAACAUUAUUUUGGCAGUUGAGUAUAUCAUAAAUGUGAUAGGUAAGGGAUUAUUUAUUGAUAUUGGUUCACAUUUUAAUUCUAUUUGGCAAAUUGUAGAUGUUUUUUACAUUAUAACAUUCUUUUUUUAAUAUGAAAAAGAGUAUUAUGUAAAACCUAUAUUUUAGAUUCUUCUUUAUUUUGGCUAUUUCAGACCAUUUAAUCUAUUGAAUAGAAUAAAAUUUUUGAAUGUUUUAAAUUCAGCACUUUAUUAAUCUUUAGUAGAUAUAUUGAAUGUAUUAUUAACAUUAUUUUCUGUCUGGAUAAUUUUUGGAGUUUAUGGAAUAAUAUUGUAUGAAGGUUAAUUUGGUUUUUGCGAAGAUAAAAUGUAAUUUAAAGUAACAUAUUAAGAUUGUAUUAAUCAAAAUAGAACAUGGGUUAAUUUUAAACAUAAUUUUGAUAAUAUAACAAUGGCUAUUCCAACAUUAUUUACAGUAUCAACAUUUGAUGGUUGGGGUGAAAUGCUUUAAAUUGCAUAAAAUAGUCAUAAUAAAAAUGUAGGACCUGUUCCAUUUAAUAGCUAUAUUCAUACAUAUGUAUUUUUCAUAACAUUUUGUUUUAUUGGAUCUAUGUUUUUUUUAAGUUUAUUUACAGGAGUAUUGUUUUCUAAUUUAAAAGCUAAUUAAAGUAAAAUAGAGUAAGGUGAAUUUAAUUAGAAUUAAAAAGAAUUUAUUGAAAUAUCAGAAAUAAUUACAAAAGAUAUUCCAAUAUUUUCUACACCUCCAGAUAAUGUAAUUAGAAGAUUUGCAUCAAUAAUAAUGAAUAAUUCUAUAAUGCAAUCUUUUUUUUUCCUUAUUCUUUUAUUAGAUGUUGUAAAUAAUGUUAUUUUCCAUUCUGGAAUGAAUCUGCAAUAUUUGGAUAUCAUUAAUUAUAUUCAUCAUAUUUUUUCAAUCCUUAUUAUAAUUUGGGGAAUGCUAUAAUACUUGGCUUUGGGAUUGUUUAGAUUUUUUGAUAAUUAUUGGAGAUAAUUCCUAUUUGUUUUAAAUUUAUUUGCUGUUAUUGAUUUAGCAAUGGAUUUAAAAUACAAUUGGGUUGAAAUCUAUUAUUAUUCAAAUCCUUUGACACAAUAUUACAGAUUUUAUAGAUUAUGUUUUGCUUUAAGGAGUUUAAAAUUGAUACUGAUAUUUUAAGGUUUAAUUAAUAUACAAAGAUUAAUGAGAGUUAUGGUUUAUGCACUUCCAUUUUUAGGUAAAAUAUUUUUUAUUUUGAUUGAUACUAUGGUAGUAUUUGCUUUAUUUGGAUGUUAAUUAUAUGGGAAAAUAGAUUCAGGAUAAGUUAUGGAUGAGUAAAUAAAUUUUCAUAACAUUGCAUAAGCUAUGCUUACAUUAUUUAAAUGUGCAUCGGGAGAUGAUUGGAGAACUAUUAUGACAGAUACUAUGCAUCAUAAUCCUAAUUGUUCUUAAGAUUCAUCAUAUUGUGGUUCUACUUAUAGCUAGAUUUACUUUUUUUUAUUUAUGUUAUUAUCUAAUUAUGUGUUUUUAAAUUUAUUUGUUUUAGGAUUGAUUGAAUAAUUUGAAUCUUUUUUUUAGGUUCAAAAUUCAAUUAUUUAAACUUAUGUAGAAAAUGAGGAUAGAAUUAAAACUAUAUGGUGCAAGUAUAUAACUAAUAUAUAAAUAAUAGAUACUCUCCUGAAACUUAAGGUAAAGCUAUGCAUUAUAAAUUUCUUUGCAGAUUUUUAUUAGAUCUUGGAGCACCAUUAGGGAGAGGUAAAGAAGAAAAUUUAUGGGAUGCUGCUAAAUAAGCUUCUGCAUUCAAAUUAAAAUGGUAAUUAACAAUUGAUAUCUAUUAUUUAAUAGUGAUCAUCAUGGUUAUAUUCAAUAUAAUCAAUUGAUUUAUGAAUUGUUUAGAACAUGUUUUUAGGAUGAUGUUUUUAAGACUGGAAGUAAAAAGGCUAUAAAAUAGAUUAAAUAAUACAAUAAGGAAAUGCAAAUGAAAUUAAUGAAUUAUAGGAGAAAUCUAUUUAUAAAACGAGCCAAUAUCUGUCUAGUUGAUCUUAGAACUAAUUUCAAUAUUUUACAUGAUUAUUUAAACGUUUUAAUUGCUUUUAAAGCAUGGGAAUCUCACUCUAAUAGUUUGAUUGAAAAAGUUAAUAAAAGAAGUUUAGAAUAUACUGAAAAUACUGAAUCAGAUGAAUAACAUCCAGAAGAGUAUAUUUAUUAUAUUGAUUUUAUGAAAGACUUGAAUAGAGUGGUCGUUCUUAUAUAAAUGAAUAGAGUAUUUUCAGAGGAUCAGUGUAAAUAAGUGAUACUGAUAGAAUCCAACCAGUAGUUACAGAUGAAAACUAAUCUCAACAUCUCCUAACUUUUUAAAGUCAAGAAAUAAUAUAAAUGCCAUAACUACCACAUUAUAAUAAUUAAGAGUAGAUCUAUCACCCAUAAAAAUGAAAUAAGC